AUGGAGAGGGUGAAGGAAAAGAUAGUUCUCAAGAAAACUAUCAAGACAUUCAAGCAGACCCUUCUGGAGAAUAAGACUAGUCUCAAAGCCACAGUGGAGCAUCUGCAGCACAAGGAGAAGGAGGACAGAGCUGUGGAGCAGGAGAUCUCUCUGGUCCAGAGGAAGAUGUCCGACCUGGAGUCCGUGUUACAGCAGAAGGACAUUGAGCUGAAGGCUUCAGAAACACAGAGGACCAUUUUAGAGCAGGACCUGGCAACUUACAUCACAGAGUGCAGCAGUUUGAAGCGCAGUUUGGAGCAGGCCAGGAUGGAAGUGACACAGGAAGAUGACAAAGCUCUUCAACUUCUCAACGACAUCCGUGACCAGAGCAACAAACUUCAGGAGAUCAAAGAGCAGGAGUACCAUGCUCAGUUGGAGGAGAUGCGUGUCACCGUGCGGCAGUUGGAGGAAGACCUGUCUGCCGCACGUCGCCGUAGUGACCUGUACGAGGCAGAGCUCAAAGACUCACGGCACAACAGUGAGGAACUGAAGAGGAAAGCUACAGAGCUACAGCACCGCAUGCAGAAGGCAAAAGAACAAGGAAAGUUGGAGGCAGAGGAAGUCAUUUCCAAAUUGGAGAAGACAAACGCUGAGCAGCAGACUAAAAUCCAGGACCUCCAAGAGAAGCUGACCAAGGCUUUGAAGGCGAGUGCAGAGGCCACAGAGCUGCUGCAGUCUGUGAGAGCGUCCAAAGAGCGGAUUGAGAGAGACAUGGAGCGUCUGCAGAACAAAGAGGACUCCAGUGACAGCCUCAGACGGCGGCUCCGAGAGACAGAGGAUGGAAGGAAGACUUUGGAGAACCAGGUGAAGAGGCUGGAGAUCGUGGAGCGUCGUGAGGCUAAACUCAAAGAUGAGAUCCAAACCAAAGGCCAGCAGAUUCAGCAGAUGGCAGACAAGAUCAUGGAGCUGGAGGAGAACCUGAGGGAAACACAGUCCACGGCUCAAAGACUGGAGACCCACUUGAAGCAGAAGGAGAAGCUCUAUGAAGACAAGAUAAAGGUGCUGGAGGCCCAGAUGAAGGCGGACAUGGCCGACAAAGAGAUGCUUGAGUCCAGUCAGAGCAAAUAUGAGGAGGAGGUGCGCGAGAAGUGCAGCAUCAUCAGCGAACAGAAGGCGACCAUAAAUGCCAUGGAUUCAAAGAUGAACAAUCUGGAGCAGAGGAUUGCUGAGCUGACAGAAGCCAACAAACUGGCAGCAAACAGCAGCAUCUACACACAGAAAAAUAUGAAAGCCCAGGAGGAGAUGAUCUCAGAGCUCCGGCAGCAGAAGUUUUACCUGGAGUCUCAGGCUGGAAAGCUGGAGGCCCAAAACGCCAAACUGGAGGAACAUCUGGAGAAGAUGAGCCAGCAGGAACAGAGCAACAAGAGCCGCGUAAUGGAGCUGGAGACACGGCUCAGAGAGAUCGGUCUGGAACACGAGGAGCAAAAGCUGGAGCUGAAGCGGCAGGUAACAGAGCUGACCCUGUCGCUCCAGGAGAGAGAGGGGCAGGUGACAUCGCUCCAGGCCACACGUCACGCUCUGGAGGGGCAGCUCCAACACGCCAAGACUGAGUUGGAAGAGACCACUGCUGAGGCCGAGGAGGAGAUCACUGUGCUCAGGGCACACCGAGAUGAGAUCCAGCGCAAGUAUGACGCACUGAGGGACAGCUGUGCGGUGAUCACAGACCUGGAGGAGCAACUGACCUCACUGUCCCAGGAGAAUGCCGAGUUAAACCGUCAGAACUUUUACCUGUCCAAACAGCUGGAUGACGCCACGGAUGAGAGAGAGGCUCAUCUGCAACUCAGCCAAGAGGUGGACCAGCUCAGGAGAGAGGUGGCUGACCGUGAAAUGCACCUGAACAACCAGAAACAGAACCUGGAGACCCUGAAGACCACAUGCACCAUGCUAGAGGAGCAGGUGAUGGAACUGGAGUCCCUGAACGAUGAGAUGCUGGAGAAGGAGCGUCAGUGGGAGGCCUGGAGGUCCACUCUGGAGGAGGAGAAGAGCCAGGCUGAGAGACGUGUGCGUGACGUACAGAGACUGCUGGACAAUGAGAAACAGAACAGGCUCCGUGCUGAACAGCGCAGCUCUGAGUCCCGUCAGGCUGUGGAGCAGGCGGUGAAGGAGCAUAAGUCUGAGAUCUUGGCUUUGCAGCAGGCACUAAAGGACCAGAAACUGAAGGCUGAAAGUCUCGCUGACACUCUGAACGACCUAGAGAAGAAGCACGCCAUGUUGGAAAUGAACGCGCGCAGUUUACAACAAAAGCUUGAAAGUGAGAGGGAUCUCAAACAGAGACUACUAGAAGAGCAAGAGAAGCUGCAGCAGCAGAUGGAUGCCCAGAAGACACACAUCUUUCGUCUGACACAGGGUCUUCAGGAUGCUCUGGACCAGACUGACCUCCUCAAAACUGAGAGGACAGACCUGGAGUACCAGCUCGAGAAUAUACAGGCCGUGUACUCCCAUGAGAAGGUCAAAAUGGAGGGCACCAUCACGCAGCAAACCAAACUGAUCGACUUCCUCCAGGCUCAGGCCCACGGCGGCUCCAAGAAGAAGAAGGGUCUGUUUGGUCGCCGUAGAGAGGACCUCAUAGCUGCGAUGGCAGCCCAGGCUCAGGCCCAGGGGCAGGGCCAGGCCUCGGCAACGCCCCCUCCUGUCCCACUGCAGUACAGCGACAUGAAGUCUGCCCUGGACAAAGAGCGCGCCCGCUGCUCUGAGCUGGAGGACGCACUGCAGAAGAUGAGGGCUGAGCUUAGAUCUCUCAGAGAGGAAGCUCUCCAGUACAAAGACCACAGCCCAAACCCAUCAUCCCGUCAGCAGAUGAUGAUGUCCUCAAUGGUGAAGUCUCCUGAACAUCAGCAGGGCCCCAGUCUGAACCCAUCAGGCUCAGGCCGCAGGAAGGACACAGCCACUCCAGAGGAAAGAAGGAGAGUCACUUUUGAAAAGUACAGCCGGCGCCUGAAAGACAGUCAGAGGGACAGGGACAGAGAGCGGGUCCACCACAACAACACGGCUCACCGCUUCACUGUGGGGCUCAACAUGAGAGCCGCCAAAUGCACCGUGUGCUUGGACACUGUUCACUUCGGACGCCAAGCCGCCACCUGCCUCGAAUGCCAUGCGUUGUGCCAUCCAAAGUGCUCCCCCUGCCUCCCUGCCACCUGUGGGAUGUCCAGUGACUGCUCCCUGCACCUGUCGGAUGGCCCCAGUCGGGACAAGGGCAGCUCUCCAUGCCCGCAACUUAAAGAAGCCGGGGGACACAUGCACCUGGAGGGGUGGAUGAAAUUGCCCAGGAACGGAAAACGAGGUCAGGGCUGGGAGAGGAAAUAUGUGAUCCUGGAUGGCACUAAAAUUUCUAUCUACGACAUUGAGCCUAGAGAAGAUGCGGUGAAGCCACUGGAGGAGUUUGACCUGUGUCUGUGUGAUGGAGAAGUGAUGGUCCAUGGAGCUGUGGGAGCCUCAGAGCUUCCCAAUACAGCAAAGUCAGAUGUUCCUUAUGUUCUGAAGCUGGAGUCUCGCUGCCACACCCCCUGCUGGCCGGGACAGGCAGUGUACUUCAUGGCCCCCAGUUUCCCAGACAAACAGCGCUGGGUGGCAGUGAUGGAGUCUGUGGUGGCCAGUGGAAGAGCCUCCAGAGAGAAGGCAGAGGCUGACGCCACUGCUGUGUUCCAAAGACCACUGCCUCUGUCUCCUCUGGUCAAGAAGCUCUUGGGGAACUCUCUACUGAAGCUGGAAGGAGACGACAGACUGGACAUUAACUGCACCCUCCCUCUCACUGAUCAGAUUGUCCUUGUGGGAUCGGAAGAGGGACUGUACGCUCUCAACGUCAUUAAGAACUCCCUGACCCACAUUCCCGGCCUGGGCUCCGUCUUCCAGAUCCAUGUGGUCAAAGAGCUGGAGAAACUGCUCAUGAUUGUUGGAGACGAGAGAGCCCUGUGUUUGGUGGAGAUCAAACGUGUGAAGCAGUCCCUGUCUCAGUCGCACCUGCCCAGUCAGUCUGAGCUCAGCCCCUACAUCUUUGAGACUGUCAAAGGCUGCCACCUGUUUGCUGCUGGGAGGGUAGACAAUGGGUCAUGUAUAUGUGCCGCCAUGCCCAACAAAAUCACCAUCCUGCGCUACAAUGACAAUCUCAACAAGUACUGCAUCCGAAAGGAAAUCGAGACACUGGAGCCGUGCAGCUGCAUCCAUCUGACGUCCUACAGCAUCAUCAUCGGCACCAACAAGUUUUACGAGAUCGAGAUGAAGCAGUUUGUUCUGGAGGACUUCUUGGACAAGAACGAUGUGUCUCUAGCCUCGGCGGUGUUCGCUGCCUCCACUCACAGCUUCCCCAUCUCCAUCCUGCAGGUGGCCAGCAGCCUGCAGAAGGAGGAGUACCUGCUCUGCUUUCAUGAGUUUGGUUUGUUUGUGGACUCUUACGGUCGCAGAAGCCGCACUGAGGAGAUCAAAUGGAGCCGAGUGCCACUGUCAUUCGCCUACAGAGAGCCGUAUCUGUUUGUGACGUACUUCAACUCUUUGGAUGUGAUCGAGGUCCAGGGACACUCCAGUCUUGGUCCCACAGUGCUGGCUCACCUGGACAUCCCAAACCCGCGCUACCUGGGCCCUGCCAUCUCCUCUGGGGCCAUCUACCUGGCCUCUUCGUACCAGAACAAGCUGAGGGUGAUCUGCUGUAAGGGCAGCCUGGUGCGGGAGAGCGGGGAGCUGCAGCGGACCGGCUCCAGCAGAGGUCCCAGUAAGCGAGGGCCUCCCACAUACACGGAGCACAUCACCAAACGCCUUUCCUCCGGUCCGGGGAGCCACGAGGGGCUGCACCGCGAGCCCAGCACCCCUCACCGCUACAGGGAGGGACGCACCGAGUUCAGGCGGGACAAGUCUCCAGCACGGCCCUUGGAGAGGGAGAAGAGCCCAGGCAGGGUGCUGGACAGCCGCAGAGAGAGGUCCCCAGGGCGCUUUGGGGAGAGCACCAGACUGCACGCUGGAUCAGUGCGCACACAACUGGCCCCGGUCAACAAGGUGUGGGACCAGUCUUCAGUUUGA